CUUUGUUUUCAAGUCGACGCGUAUCGUUCAGCGUGUAUUCACUGAAUGAUCUAUAGAAGGACAAUUGCCAAGAUUUUGUGAUAGAGUUUUAUAAACAUUUUACACUCGGCUAAGAUAUAAGUUACUUGUACUUUGUCAAGGUUUUAUUUGCGUAGUAAUCGGUAGGUGAGAUUGGAUAAAGUAUCGUUGUGCGCCAAGCUAGACACAUUCUUCGAGAGAAAAGGCAAGCACUUUUGGCCGAAAAAUGGCAUUCACUAGGAGAGCCUCUCACGCUGGUAGUUGGUACGCGGACAAUGGUUCAGAAUUGCGUAAGCAAUUAGAGGAUUGGUUGAGCGCAGCAGACUUAUCCCAUGGACCUGCGAGAGCAAUUAUUGCCCCGCACGCAGGAUACAGUUAUUGUGGGGAAUGUGCUGGUUUUGCUUAUCGGCAGAUUAGUCCUGUAGUUGUCCGUAGGAUAUUUAUUCUAGGCCCCUCUCAUCAUGUGAGAUUAACAAGUUGUGCCCUUUCUUCGGUCUCCGUUUACCAAACACCAUUAUAUGAUCUACGUAUUGAUCAAAAAGUGAGAAAAGAACUCGAAGAGACUGGUCACUUUGAUUGGAUGGAUGUGAAUACUGAUGAAGAAGAGCACAGCAUCGAGAUGCAGUUGCCAUUUAUCGCCAAAGUUAUGGAAGAAUUUAAGGACUCGUUUACUAUAAUCCCAAUUUUGGUGGGUUCCUUGAGCCCGGAGAAAGAAGCACUUUAUGGGAGAUUAUUAGCACCCUAUAUGGCUGAUCCGCAAGCAUUAUUUGUCAUCUCUUCGGACUUCUGCCAUUGGGGACAACGUUUCCGUUAUAUUUACUACGAUAGAUCAUGUGGGCCUAUUCACAGAUCUAUUCAAAAUCUCGAUAAAAUGGGCAUGAACAUUAUAGAGACUUUGAAUCCUGCGAUGUUCACUGAUUAUCUUAAAAAAUAUGGUAAUACUAUAUGCGGUCGGCAUCCGAUUGGCAUUUUAUUGCAGCUAAUUAACUGUCUCAAGGGACGUACAAAUGGCCACAGGAUGAAUCUCAAGUUUUUGAAAUAUGCUCAAAGUAGUCAAUGUAACAAUAUGAAUGACAGUUCUGUCAGUUAUGCUAGUGCUUCCCUAGUUGUCGAGUGAUAAAGAUACACAAAUUGAGUACGCUUAUACAUUGAGAUCUGAAUAUAAACACUAUUAAAGUGGAAUGGCGUUCAACGAAGCAUGGCAGUAACGUUCUAUCGAUUAUUAAACAGGAUUAAGCGGGACGUCAAGAUUUUGUAAGAGGCGGCAAAGAAGAAUGGCACCGGAUUAUAACUGCUGUAACUUCUAAUGUUAUAUUAUUUACGUUAUGUAGCAAUUUAUACACAACGGGUGUCGGGGUAAGCGUUACUUCUUUGUGUUACAUGUAACAAAUGGAAAUGUACCGUUACCGAAACUUUUUGUAUAAA